CGUAUCAAACCAAACCCAAGUCCAACGUCGUCAACGCGAACAGAUACAGUCAGACACGGCACUGGAAGCAGAGGCACCGCCUUUGACUUCGUCUGUCAUCUCACCCUCACCAGACUAUCUUUGUCUAGCGUCACGGACAACGCAGACACAGCCUCUUCAACGCCUAGACGAGUGCCCUCGAUGGCGUCUCCAUCACCUGCGGAAGUCGAACCGUCUGCCUGGCGUGGACCAGCUUUCAGAGUACGGUCCGAAUUCGGAGGAUCGAGGACAUGGAGGAGCAGGAAGAGUAGACCCUGCGACGCUUGUCGAGGACGAAAGACGGCUUGCAUCAUUGAAACUGCCCCACCAUGUCUCUUCUGCAAGUCGAGGAAUCUCCCUUGUGAAUCCAGCUCAAGACUUCCUCCCCGCCGCAGACGCAGACGUGAGUCUCAUGACCAGGGAAAGCUCAUCUCGCUCACCGCGACCGAGAUAGUCGAGAUGAGCUCCCAUAGUGGCCAUUCGUCCGAGGAUGGAGAGCCGCUUGCGGCCCUUGGCGACUUGGUUGAUGAAGCACCGAACACGGUGGAGACGGUACAGCCUCAGAGGCGGAGCAGUGCUUCGUCUCCGCCCGUACCAGUUUACACCAGUCCGCCAAUGGCAAUCCCAUCGAUAUCUCCCGGCUCCAUCUCUAUCCACCACGAGAGCGAACACCUUGAGCUUCUCCCUCAGUCAUGCUCACCCUCCGCGUCCAUCGCUGUUCGCAGCGUGAGCAGCACAGGGACGCCACGACUGUCAUGGCUGGAGGGCGAACAGCGCACAGCCCACUCUAUUGGUCUCUCAGGCGAGCAAGACACCAAUCUGCUAGCUUCCUUACGAUCAAUUAUCGUCAAUGAACACAACGGGGUAGAUAACGGCGUCAUCCAGGUGUUUCCGGGCGAUCCGGGAUGCGGCGAGCCGCCAAUUCAUUUUAACAUGGUUCUCGAUGCUCUUCCCGAACCAGAUCGAGCUGCUAGGCGAGACGUAUCUGAUUCUAUCGAAGAGCUUGUGGGAGAACACGGUCCGCGCCUAGUAUCGCUCUUCUUCAAAUACGUUCAUCCCAUGACCUACGUGGUGUCCAAGAGCCGCUUCCUUCGCGCAUACUAUGGCGAUGCCAUAUCCGUGCCAGCGUCUCUACGGGGUGUCAUAUACGCCCUAGGCGCGAAUUCAUGGAAGCGUGACCCUCCAUGCGCCGGCCUCACGCCACCAAGCUCAUACACUCUGUUCCAGAGGGCACAUUGGGCACUCCACACCGAGACGCACGCACCCAACAAAUGGACGCUCCAGGCAGCACUUCUCCUGAUUCACGAGCAACCAGGAGACAAUUUCACCAUGGAGACUCCGAGGACGUGGAUAGUGGCUUCGAAAGCGACAGCCAUAGCACAGAUGCUGGGGCUUCAUCGCGACCCUAGGCUGUGGAAGAUUGCCCCCCUGGAGAAGAGUGUGAGACGAAAGCUGUGGUGGGCUACAUAUAUGGCCGACGUUUGGGCUUCUCUUUACCACGGAAACCCUCCUCACAUAGCCAAGGACUCAUUCACGACAUCGCCGAUACAGAUCGAAGAAGUUCUGAUGGAUGAGGACGUAAAUGACGAUUCUCUAAGCUUUCUCGAGCCCUCGUUUGUCUCGAGUGAUGUCACAGCGAGUGCUCGAUUUGUGGAAUCCGUCAAACUUAGUCGAAUUCUACGAGAGUUGCUCGAUUCAUUCUACUCUGACCAGGCAUACAAAACGACCAUCACGGACACAAAGACGAGGGAAUCAAAGCUGUUUGAUAUCGAGAAACAGCUUGAGAGCUGGAUGCUCCUACGUGCUAGCUGCGUUGGCAUCAUGCAGUCGGAUGAUCCACAAGAUUAUACCACAAAUGCCCCUCUGCAUCUAAGUUACUAUGCCGUCAAGACACUAUAUCUUCGUGCUCUUAUGUGGCCAAGUCACAUGGCUGCAAAGACUGACCCGAAAUCAGCGCUGCGGCGAUACUACGAUAAAGCCCUACGAGAAUUCAGCCCAUUUGUCGAUUUCCUUGAUAGAAUCGAUUCACGUUCAUUGAACUCGUUCUGGGGAGAUCAUGCGCGAUCCCAACUUGUCCUAUGCGGCAACUUCUUGGUUUUCCUGUUUCUCAUGGCCCCGACAUCAGAUAAGGUCCAAGAGACUUUCCGACUGCUCGAAGGGGUCCACUCAGCGUUGAAGCGAUGUCGAGAUAUGGCAGAGAACGAAGAGGCUGUGGCCUUGCUCCGGCCUGUACUACUGCGGGUGGAAACCCUUUUCACGCAAGCUGCGCGAAUAAUGGACACAAGAGACGAAGUGCCAAUAUGA